CCAAGACCUUGACUGCGAAGUUAAUCUAGACUUUGCCCUUGAGGAAAUCAAAGAAAAUAUUUCAAAAGAUCUAGUGGAUAUUGAAGAGAUUCGAGAAAACUUUUCAGAUUCCGCUGUGAUGAUGUCCCCAAUGAAAAGGGGAGAUGAUGACUAUAUUGAUUAUGAUGAUGAUCUCUCUGACAACGAUAGUCUCGCAGAUAUCCCCAAAGUAGUCAACGACAAGACCCAUAAGGAGACGACAAAUGGUGCAAACAAAAUCAUAAAAGAUAUUUUGUGCAAUAUUAGUGACGUUGAAGAGAACAGGCAGUUCAGAAAAGAAUUUAAAACGAUGACAGGGGAGCAGGAGGAAAUGUCCUGUAUUGUCUUUUGCAGUCCGGAUGAUUCGUACAAUGUUGACGUAAUCAGGGAUAUUAACUGUAUUAACAUAGAUCCGCUGAUAGUUCCCUGUCUGGUCGGAGAGUAUGAACUGUUGGUCAGCAGUAUCACUCAACUUACUACUACAAUGAGAGCAGAGGACAGGAAAAUGAAGUUGAAUGUCCGUCUUCCAUUCAUGAAAUCUGAGAUGAAGUACUUCCAUUGUCCUAUAUUACGAUGGCUUGCUCCAAAUAGACAGUGGGUCGAUAUUCCCUCAGUUGAAUACCUGUACGAAGAUGAAGAAGGUUGUAUUUUACCUAUAUUAGAGGCUGAUAUCAAGCAGUUGGGGAUAUUCGCCAUUGUUGCAGCAGUUAUCAAAGAACACUUUGUGUUUGGCUACAACGUUCACGAGGUGUCAUCCGCUGUAGACAGAGAAACUGUGCUUGCGGGAUCAUACUGUCCCCGAUUCUAUACAACAGAAACAAAGGCUGAUUUGAUGGUGAUUCCAAUCGAAAGAUCGGUGAUUGAUGAUUCAAAAACUCCAGAUGUUGAAGACUCCUCUCUAAUGGUUUCGUCUAGCGCUCUCGUAAUCGUGGACCUCUUGAAUGAUCCUCCGCAACCCUUGACUCUUUAUAUCCUUUGCAGCAAACCGAAAUCAAGGCCAUGGACAGCAUCCAUGACGUCACGGAUAGGUACAGCAGAAUCGGGAUAUCUUUCUGGUUCACGUAUUGUUUCCAGGGCGAAAUCUAGGGAGUCGAUCAACCAUUUCCUAGAAUGUUGGUAUGACUCGGACAACUACCUUGUACGGAUGGGAGGAGGUUGUCUAGGUGUCAAAAGUGUGGUUCUUCAAAAGAAAGACCUCACCAAAGAUGACAAAAUCCAAGUUACUCUACACGAAAAACACAACAAGUACUUAAUUGUUGAGAUGAAAAAGGAGGCCAGACGUCCAGAUGUCAAUACAGUUGUUGCUAAUCUUUUAAAGACGCUCAAAGAACACAGGAUAUAUGUUUGUGUUGCUCAACGUCGAGAUGAUCCCCGACGUAUCAGGGUGUCCUGUGAUCUAAAGGUCAAGGUCACUACUAGAAUGAUUCAUCGAUUAGAAAGGGACCAUUACAUUAGAAGGACCCUUAUUCACGCUAAAGAAGGUGACGUAAUCAGUGUCGGAUUGCGAGGGAAUAUAACUACCAUUCCUAACAGGAAAAGAAUCUUUCGAUUUUACGCUUUAAAUGGUUUUGUUGCCGAUUGGGAAAUUCAGGUAGUGGAUUCAUACUAUCAACGAUCUUUACAACAGUAUUGUGGAUUUCUUCAAGUUUUCCUCUGCAUGUGUAACAGCUUCGAAAUCACCCCGAUAUCUGGGUACGAGGAGUAUGUGAAGUGGAAACUUUUAAUCGAAAUUCCCGUUACCCUACCAAAAGACACUUCUCUGUACGAUUAUGAGAAAAUGUCGAGAUCACGUAUUCAUAUAUGUAACAAAGGUCCGAUUACUGUCGAGUUUCUGCGUUCAUUCGCUAGACUGGUUGGUAGGGAAUGGUAUAACUUAGCACGUGGUCUUCGCUUAGAACAUGUGAGAAUUCAAUCCAUUGCACAACAAAACAAGAGGUGUUCAUUGGAAAGUCUUGUCUAUGACCUACUGCUAACAUGGUUGAAAAGAUCGUGUCAUACCAGUGACAAGGCUGUGCUAUUAGCAUCUGCUUUGAGGAAGAGUGGAAGGAUUGAUCUUGCAGAGGAGAUCAGUGAAUUGGACAGGUCUUAUAAGCUCGACUAUUAUAAAAUUAUCAAUGAUCACAGAAUGGACAAAGCCAUAUAUCUUGCCAGCAAAAGUCGUGCCAUAUUGAAAUCAUGGCGAUACGUAGGGACCGUUCUUCAGUUAAGUCAGGAGGACAUCGACGAAAUCGAUACGACUGAAUCAAACGAAUUGCAGAAAUGUAAUAGAAUGAUGAAGCUAUGGAGAAGUCGUGAAGAACCACAUCAGGGUCCUCAAAAGCUGACUUUGCUAUUGAGAAAGGCGGGGUUUGGUUACGUGGCAGAUCACAUUGCCGUGGCUACGAGAUGGAGGCCAAAGACCAGUAUAUAGACAUUAUAUGUGACCAAUGGUCAAGAUAAACUGUGUAAAUGAUUUAAAUGUACUCACGCGAUUGGUUGUUUUUCCAAGGAAUGUAAUAUUGAUAUGCAGAUCGAGAAACUGAAUAAAUGUACCAAAAUUGGAAAA